AUGUCCCAAGACGAAAGUAUUGUCAAGGCCGUUGAGGAAUCCGCUGAACCUGCCCAAGUUAUUCUUGGAGAAGAUGGUAAGCCAUUAUCCAAGAAGGCCCUGAAGAAAUUGCAAAAGGAGCAAGAAAAGCAAAGAAAGAAGGAGGAAAGAGCCCUUCAAUUGGAAGCUGAGAAGGAAGCCCGUGAUAAGAAAGCUGCUGCCGAAGACACUGCCAAAGACAAUUAUGGUAAGCUGCCACUGAUUCAGUCCCGUGAUUCAGACAGGACCGGUGAAAAACGUAUCAAGUUCAUCGAUUUGGACGAGACUAGGGACAGCGACAAAGAAGUUUUGUUCAGGGCCAGAGUCCACAACACUAGACAACAAGGUGCCACGUUGGCUUUCUUGACUUUGAGACAACAAGCUUCUUUGAUCCAGGGUCUAGUAAAGGCCAACAAAGAAGGUACCGUUACCAAGAACAUGGUCAAAUGGGCGGGUUCUUUGAACUUGGAGUCCAUUGUCCUUGUCAGAGGUAUUGUCAGAAAGGUGGACGAGCCAAUCAAGUCCGCCACUGUGCAGAACCUGGAAGUCCAUAUCACCAAAAUUUACACCAUUUCUGAGACCCCAGAGGCGCUGCCAAUCCUUUUGGAAGACGCCUCCCGUUCAGAGGCUGAAGCCGAAGCUGCAGGUUUGCCCGUAGUUAAUCUGGACACAAGACUAGACUCUCGUGUAAUUGACUUGAGAACCGUCACCAACCAAGCCAUCUUCAGAAUUCAAGCCGGUGUUUGCGAACUGUUUAGAGAGUAUCUGACCGCAAAGAAGUUCACCGAAGUUCACACACCGAAGUUGUUGGGUGCUCCAAGUGAAGGUGGUUCCAGUGUGUUUGAAGUAACAUACUUCAAGGGCAAGGCCUACCUGGCCCAAUCCCCACAAUUUAACAAACAACAAUUGAUUGUGGCCGACUUCGAGAGGGUUUACGAAAUUGGACCUGUGUUCAGAGCUGAAAACUCCAAUACCCACCGUCACAUGACCGAGUUCACCGGUUUGGACAUGGAAAUGGCCUUCGAAGAGCACUACCACGAAGUCUUGGACACGUUGAGUGAGCUGUUUGUGUUCAUCUUCAGCGAAUUGCCCAAGAGAUUUGCCCAUGAAAUCGACCUGGUACGUAAACAAUACCCGGUGGAAGAGUUCAAGUUGCCCAAGGACGGUAAGAUGGUCCGCCUAACAUACAAGGAGGGUAUUGACAUGCUUAAGGCCGCCGGUAAGGAAAUCGGUGAUUUCGAGGACUUGAGCACCGAAAACGAAAAGUUCUUGGGUAAGUUGGUGCGCGACAAGUACGACACCGACUUCUACAUCUUGGACAAGUUCCCCUUGGAGAUCCGUCCCUUCUACACGAUGCCCGAUCCAGCCAACCCCAAGUACUCCAACUCAUACGAUUUCUUCAUGAGAGGUGAAGAGAUCUUGUCCGGUGCGCAACGUAUCCACGACCACGCCCUGCUACAAGAAAGAAUGAAGGUUCACGGUCUGUCCCCCGAGGACCCAGGUCUGAAGGACUACUGCGAUGGGUUCGGCUACGGAUGUCCUCCACACGCCGGUGGUGGUAUUGGUUUGGAAAGAGUUGUUAUGUUCUACUUGGACUUGAAGAAUAUCAGGAGAGCCUCGCUGUUCCCUAGAGAUCCAAAGAGAUUGAGACCAUGA